UGUUGCACUUUAUAUGUAGAAAGGUGUCAUGACGCGGAGUCGAACCCGCGUUACCUCAGCGGCUGGAGCUGCGUGUGCCUCUGCUGACAGUGAGCCAAGAGGCGCCUCUGCUGACAGCGCACCAAGAAGCGCCCUCGCUCGUGCUGAGGGCACCACGCCCACGCAGCAACGAGCCUACACGCUAUCAAUAAUCAACACACCUGGGCUUGAUGAGAGGGAGCAGCAUAAAGACCAGCAGACCCGAGGACCCUUUGCCAGAACGUCGCUAACCUUCCAUGACUACGCUAUCCUUCCUUAUUUGUGCCUUGUCACUCAACUCGCAUCCGGAUUCCUGACUGCUCUCCUCGAUCCACGACCUCCCUGCUCGGACCCAGACCACGCUGCCCUGCUCUUGCCCAUGACCUCUUGCCUGUCCACGACCUGCCUCUUCGCCUUGCCCUCUUGGAUUACGACGGAAGAUACAACCAACAUUUACAGACAACAACCCUUGGAAAUGGAGGUUCUGCAGUACCCCAAGAUUAAAGAGGAAGAGGAUUCAAAGCAACCCCACAUUAAAGGGAAGGAGGAGCCAGAUAGCUCUCACAUUAAGGAGACAAAUGAAUCACAGCCCUCCCUUACCUUACAGAGAAAGAGGAGUCACAGCUCUACUCACAAUAAAGAGGAAGAGUAG